AUGAUGUAUGGAAGAAAGUGUAGGUCCCCACUUCACUGGGAUGAACUGGGAGAGAGAAAACUACUUGGGCCAAAUGUAGUGCAACACACCAAUGAGGCUAUUCAGAAAAUCAGGGCUAGAAUGGUCACAGCUAAGAGUAGAGAGAAGUCUUAUGCAGACCUAAAGCACAGGCAUGUUGAGUUUGAAGUUGGUGAUCGUGUAUUUCUGCAUGUGACUCCAAGGAAAGGAAUCUCGAUUAAGAGGUUUGGCAAGAAAGGAAAGCUAAGUCCCAGAUAUGUCGGACCUUUUGAGAUUUUGAUUUUAGAUAGAGUGGACAAUGUGGCGUAUAGGGUAGUUUUACCGCCAUCAUUGUCCGGGGUGCAUAACGUAUUUCAUGUGUCACAACUUCGAAAAUACGUGUCUGAUCCAUCGCAUGUGCUGAGCUAUGAGACCUUGGGUUUGCAGGAGGAUUUGUCGUUCAAUGAGCGUCCAAUGAAAAUACUCCAUCAAAAGGACAAGAUCCUAAGGAAUAAGACUAUUUCCUUGGUAGUGGAGGAACGGUGUUGUUGA